AAUCUGCAAGCUAAAAAAACCUCUCACAACUUCAUGGCAUAGCUAUGCAAAGUAUUGGCCUUUUCAUCCCUUGGGAAAAGCCAAACGGAGAGGCCUCCCAUAGCAUGAAGCUGUAGCCAAAUUGGAGGGAGUACAGAGACCAACAGCAGCGAUUACGGGGCGAGAGGGAAUUGGCCUCUGAUGGAAGAUUAAAAGAAUUAAAGCUGUGGAGGCUUGGGUUUCUGCUACCCUAGCUGCAUACUCGCUAUCAAAUUCCCCCAAGGGAGAGAAAGCAAGCAAACGCCUUAGAGUUAUCUACGAAAUUCACAAAAAGUCACUUCUUUGUAAAUUAUUACGUGCCAGGAAAACAUCAAGAGAAACAAUCUCAAGAACACAGGCAAAGGAAGCUGGGAGAAGGAAUAUGGGUCUUCAAAACAAAUGCUAUAGUGCUAUAGGCAGUAAAUCUCAUUAACGGGACUUUGCGUCAAGGCAGAAACCAGUAUAGUGACAAUAAUAAUCCCAUUUAUUUACCUAGCGCCAAAUAUAUCGUUGCCACUUUCCAAUAAAACAAAGGCAGAUUCCUCAAUGGCAGAGGGCGGAUCGAAGGACCCAAUCAGUUUCUUCCAUCCCUAACUUCUGUGAAUCGCAGAUAAAUACACCACUUUGGAGAGAGGGGAGUGGGGGAAUCUCCGAUCUCCAUUAGACACUCAGCUCCAAAUUAGAGAAAACAAGCGUUUCCCCUUCAGGCCCCAGAGGAAGGAAAUCAAAGCAUCUGCAGAGAAAGAAGAAGCCAUUGAGUUGUUUUGAAUGAAAAUGUGAUUGGGUUGUGGGGUUUUUUAGAGGAUUGAUCUAAAAGGAGAGUGAGGAGACAAGAAAGGGAGACAGAAGACAUUGGCCUGCUGCUGUCUGACUGGCAGAUUCCAGUUAACACCUUAUCAGCAGAGCAGCAGGCAGCAGCAAAUCCUCGCCCGCUGAAGCUACACAGCGAAAGGAAGAGGGGAGGGUGUUCUGUAACCAGGGACGACAACAGCAACACUCCACAGAGCUACCGGGAGGAUAGAGAGAGAGACACACACACACAAUAACCUUCCUUCCCAGGCUGUGCAAGCAAGGGCAGGGGAGGAAAAACAAAUCCACCUGCAGUGUUUCAUUUUUUAUGAAGAGAAACCAUGACUGAAAUGUAACCUCAGCUCUGGUCGCUGUAAAAAAACCGAACCCCAAAGCCCUCUCCCCAAGUGUAAUGUAGCAAUUCUGUUUGUUAGCGUUAUUCUUCAAUUGAAGAGUGGGGUAAACUCCUCCAGGACUGAAAUCCCAUCUCCCAGAAGGUGGGAGCACCACUAAAACAAAAGCAAUUCUUCCCUCUCCCCCUUACUCCAUUGCUGCUGCUGCUUUUGUGUUUUUUAAAGAAACAUUGUUCUAGGAAGGAGAGGAGAUUGGAAGAAGAACCCGAGGUGAUUUUGAAUUGUUUUUAAAGUCAAGGCAAGCCUUCGGAUGACCCCUCAGUGAGAGAGGGGGAGUUACAAGGCAAUAUAGAGAUUGAUGUACUGAGUGAUCUGGAGGAAGAGCUGCUGGGCAAUAAUGGGGAAAUCCAACAGCAAGUUGAAGCCUGAAGUUGUGGAAGAGCUGACCAGGAAGACCUACUUUACAGAGAAGGAGGUUCAGCAGUGGUACAAGGGCUUCAUCAAGGACUGCCCCAGCGGACAGCUGGACGCAGCUGGCUUUCAGAAGAUCUAUAAGCAGUUCUUUCCCUUUGGCGACCCAACGAAAUUUGCAACCUUCGUUUUUAACGUCUUUGAUGAAAACAAAGAUGGGAGGAUCGAGUUUUCGGAAUUCAUCCAGGCGCUGUCGGUCACUUCCCGAGGGACCCUGGAUGAGAAACUGCGGUGGGCGUUUAAACUGUACGACUUGGACAACGAUGGUUACAUCACGAGGAACGAGAUGCUGGACAUCGUAGACGCUAUUUAUCAGAUGGUGGGAAAUACAGUAGAGCUUCCAGAAGAGGAAAACACACCUGAGAAGAGAGUGGAUCGGAUUUUCGCUAUGAUGGACAAGAAUGCCGACGGGAAGCUAACGCUGCAGGAGUUCCAGGAAGGCUCCAAAGCCGACCCGUCCAUCGUACAGGCCCUGUCCCUCUAUGACGGACUCGUAUAGUCCCGGGAUCCCAAGCUGAGUUGCCUGGGGGAAGAUUCUUUCUGUGCCAUCAGACCACCUCAGUAAAGAAGCUUGCCUGUCCCUCUCCAGCCUUCCUUUAUGUUACACGAACAAGGGAGGCGCUUGAAGUGUGAGGUCAUCCCCCGCACCCACUCUGCACUCUGAAUUAACCGUGUCCAUUUGCCAACUUCCGCUUUCUCAACAACAACAAUAACAACAACAAAAAAAGGGAAAAAAAGAAGAAAAAAGAAAGGAAAAAAAUAGAAAAAGAAAAAACAGCGAAUUUUUCAGCUUCUGGGGGUGGAAGGGAUCAUGCAUCGCUGUGUGGAGACCCCUCCCGCCUCUCGCUUUUACUUAGUAGAUUUUUUUUUUUGGAACAGACUAAAAACACUAAAUAUUUUACAUUGUUUUCAUAGAAAAGCGCAGCAUGAAAAAGGAGCCAAAAGGUACUGCUGAGGUCUUGGAGCGGGCGGCUGCUGCACGCCGUCCGAGUGCUUGAUCACCAUCGGCUUCUGCUUUAUCGGCGGGGGGGGGGGGGGACGAGGGGAUGGACGAUAAAAGGCAAUUGGAAACGAAAGUUCCACAUCCCCUGCGUUUCCAGCAGCAGCCCAGCCGGCGUCGCUAGGGAGAUCUGUAUAGUUUUUGUGAUACAGUAUUGUGCUUUUUUUUUUUUUUUGGAUGGAAAAAGUGAGGCUUUUGUGACUAUGCCUCUCUCUGUUAUCGAUAUCUUUAUUUAUUUGUUGUAACCGUUGCUGCUGUGUUUAGUCUUUCGUGUGUUGAAACACCUCGGUGAUAAAAGUUGCAAGGUUUACACACUAUGGCAGGGGGAGGGAGCCUGCGAUUGCAAUUAAGCCAAAAAUAUUCUCCCCCCACCCCCGCCCAUAUACUGUGCUUUGUCGGCUGGUUGAUGUUUUACGGGGGAUAAUCUAACCCCCUUCUCCUUAUUCCCAUACCUCUAGUCCCUGCACCCUGCCCUCCCUCCUUCCUUCUCUUUAGAAACUCAGCUACUACCCCUGACAAAUCCCCAGGCUUGGACUGAACGCUCUCCUCCCCUCAACAAGCUGUAUUUCUGUUGCCCUUAUGCAUUCAUUUUGCCAUCUUGCCUUUGUGUAAAGCAGAAUGAUGAAAUAUACAGUAUCCAGACAU